CAUAAUACCUACAGUGCAAAAUUACUUGUACUAUAAUUACCAUUAAACGGACUUGACUUAGAUUUUUAUCUAACAUCGAUCCAAUUCUGUCUUACUCACAGUGGCGACGUGAAAUAAGUUAGUAACUCUUACCGUCAAAUGUGAAGUGAAAAGUGCCAAUUUGAUUGAUUUUUUCAACAACAUAAUUUAGAACAAUGAGUGGACAUGUCGAUAAUCCGGCUUUUAUCAACGACGACGGCAAAAGCAACCACAGCUUCACUCCGGCUCUCAAUUCAACGGAAGAUCUAAACCGGAAGAACGAAAAAAACUACGUCGUUGAGAUGAAAGAUUUGAAGAAAGCUGAAGAAGCGACCGGCGAAUAUGAGCCUUAUCUGCACCGAGAUGUCGAACAUCCGACUACAAAUGCCGAGACUUUGUUGCAUCUUCUCAAGGGAAGUUUGGGUACUGGAAUUUUAUCAAUGCCUUUGGCUUUCUACCAUUCCGGGUAUUUGGUAGGAAUAAUUUUCACAAUUUUGAUAGGAGGGAUUUGUACAUACUGUAUACAUAUGAUAAUCCAGGCUGAAUACGAGCUAUGCAAACGAAAAAAAAUGCCCAGUUUGACGUAUCCAGCGACGGCCGAAUUGGCCCUCCUCGAAGGCCCAAAGCUCUUCCAAGUCUUAGCUCCCUACUCGGUUCAUGUAAUAAACACUUUCUUGCUGAUAUACCAACUGGGGGCUUGUUGCGUCUACACCGUUUUUAUUGCCGAAAAUGUGAAACACGUCGCCGAUGAGUACAUCGAAAAAUUAGACGUGAAAAUCUGGAUGUUGGUCAUCCUUCUACCUUUAAUACUCAUCAAUUAUAUAAGAAACUUGAAAUUUUUGGCCCCGUUUUCCACAGUUGCCAACUUUGUAACUGUUGUUAGUUUUGGAAUUAUUCUGUACUACCUCAUUAAAGCCGACAUGACAUUUGAAGGACGAAAUCUUGCAGGAAACCUUGCCGAUUUUCCGCUGUAUUUUGGAACCGUUUUGUUUGCUCUUGAAGCCAUUGGCGUGAUAAUGCCGCUUGAAAACGAGAUGAAAACCCCCAAAGCGUUCAAGGGGGGCUGCGGGGUCCUGAAUAUCGGGAUGAUUUCCAUCGUUGUUUUAUACGUCGGAAUGGGGUUGUUGGGGUAUCUUGCCUAUGGGUCUGAUGUUGCAGACACCAUCACCAUUAAUUUGGCCCCAGAGGACGUCCUGGGACAAGUGGCUAAAAUCUUGCUAGCCAUAGCAAUCUACAUCACCCAUCCUUUACAAAUGUAUGUAGCUAUUGAUAUUAUAUGGAACGAAUAUUUAGCAUCAAGAUUUGAAAAAAGUCGCUACCAGCUAUUUUUUGAGUAUGCUGUGCGAACUGCUCUAGUCCUAAUCACAUUUGCCUUAGCGGUGGCCAUUCCCAAACUGGAUCUCUUCAUAUCGUUAUUUGGUGCUUUUUGCCUAUCGGCCCUUGGUUUGGCCUUCCCUGCGAUAAUCCAAACCAGUACUUUCUGGAACUCUUUGACUGGUUUCAGUGGCAGAAUGAUAAUUGCCAAAAACUGUGCCAUUGUCAUAUUUGGUAUUAUAGGACUUGUCGUAGGAACGUACACGAGUUUGCAAAAAAUUGUCGAGUUUUUCAAUGAAUGAUUCGUUUUUUCUAAACUCAUUCUGAAGUACAAGUAUGUGAUAUAAGUUCAAUGCUCAAUGUCCUAGCACAUUAGGCACAAUGUUAUAUAGUAAAUUAUUAUUUUAUAUUGUGUUAUAUUAUGAUUGUGUAUAUACAGAUUAAGGCUGUUUGUAUGUGAAGUGAAUCGAGGGUUCAUUGUAAGAACUCUUACCUAUUUUCUUACACAAGUAGUGUACAUUUUAGCUGCCUCUUUUACUAUUCAAACUAUUUUUAUUUUCUCAUUCUGUGUAAUGAGGAUUCAACUAAAUAAAACGCUUAAGUAAG